AUGUCGCUCAACAUCCCCAACGCCCCGAACGCGGGUCUCUUCAAAGGUGGCUACAACAACUACGACUCCGAAGAUGGCGCCGUCCUGCGCAACAUUGAGGCCUGCAGAGCCAUUGCCUCGACUGUGCAGACCUCUCUCGGCCCUUAUGGCUGCAACAAAGUCGUCAUCAACCACCUGCAGAAGAUGAUCCUCACCUCCGACGCCGCUACCAUCCUCCGCGAGCUCGACGUCGUUCACCCCGCCGCCAAGCUGCUUGUCAUGGCGAGCCAGCAGCAAGAAUCCGAGAUGGGCGAUGCCACGAACCUCGUCAUCAUCCUUGCUGGCGAACUCCUGCGAAAAGCCGAGGACCUGCUGCGCAUGGGCCUCAAGACGGCCGACAUCGUCAUCGGCUACGAAAAGGCGCAAAAGUUUGCCCUCGACACACUCGAGAAGCUUGCCGUUGACAAGGUCGAGGACAUUCGCGACCAGGAGGAGCUCAGCAAAGCCAUCCGAACCGUCAUCGCCAGCAAGCAAAACGGAAACGAGGAUUUCCUUGCCGAUCUCGUCGCCGAAGCUGUCCUGGCCGUGCUGCCCAAGAAUCCGGCCAACUUCAACGUCGAUAAUAUCCGGGUCGUCAAGAUCAUGGGUGGCAGCCUGGACCAAAGCCGUGUGGUCAAGGGCAUGGUCUUUCCCAAGGAGCCCGAUGGCUCCGUGAAGAAGGCACGCCGUGCCAAGGUCGGCGUCUACACCUGUCCCAUCGACACCAGCCAGACCGAAACCAAAGGUACCGUGCUCUUGCACAACGCCAAGGAGAUGAUGGACUUUUCCAAGGGUGAGGAGACCCAGCUGGAGACGGCUAUCAAGGAGCUCCACGAUUCCGGUCUGCGAGUGGUCGUCUGCGGCGACAAGAUUGGCGAUCUGGCCAUGCACUACCUCAACCGCUUCGGCAUCCUUGCCAUCCGUAUCCUGAGCAAAUUCGAGCUGCGAAGAGUCUGCCGCGUGGUCGGCGCCACACCCUUGGCCCGGCUAGGCGCCCCCAUGCCCGACGAGAUGGGCAGCAUCGACGUUGUCGAAACGCUCGAGAUUGGUGGCGACCGAGUCACCGUGUUCAGACAGGAGGACGAGGUGACGAGGACUGCUACUCUCGUCCUCCGCGGCGCUACCCAGAAUCACCUCGACGAUGUUGAACGAGCCGUCGAUGACGGCGUGAAUGUCGUCAAGGCCAUCACAAGAGACCCACGACUUGUCCCUGGCGCCGGUGCCACAGAGAUUCAACUGAGCACCAGGAUACAGGCCCAAGGAGAGAAAACGCCUGGCCUGAGCCAGUACGCCAUCAAGAAGUAUGGCGAGGCCUUCGAGGUGAUUCCCCGAACCCUGGCCGAGAGCUGUGGCUUGGACGCCACCGAGGUUCUCAGCAGGCUAUACGCUGCCCAUCACAAGGGUGAGGAUGGUGAUACUGGUGUCGAUAUUGAGAACAACGACGAUAGCGGCACACUGGAUGCAACGGAGGAAGGCAUCUUGGAUCUGUUGGCAUCGAAGCACUGGGCCAUCAAACUGGCAACCGAGGCCGCUCGGACUGUCCUGUCCGUCGACCAGAUUAUUGUGGCAAGACAGGCCGGAGGGCCCAAGCCGCCCGGCCCCAACCCUAACUGGGACGAGGACUAA